AUGUAUACCAAACGCAGUAUUUCGCGGAGGGUCACCUUGUGUUCAAUCUCCCUCCUCAUUUUCUCCCUCUUUCUCCUCCGUUUCUCUUUUGUCCCAUCCUUCCGAUUAUCCUCUUCAGAUCCUGGUAGAGUUGAUCAUGACUUUCACUACUCCCCUGCCCCUGCUCACGUCUCCAAACGGGAAGACAACCCACCCACGGAUCCUUAUGAGAUAGCUCUGAAGAAGGGUGAAGCACUCUAUUGUGAUAUGAAGGCGACUCAAGCAGCACUUCAGUCCAAGAACGGAAAGUCUGCAGAGUCGCCCUCAUAUCUCCAAAAACAUGGCUUAGAGGACUAUGAAGGCUGGGAAAAACAAGCGAACCAAAAUCCAACCUUUGGAGAUCGUUUGAAUGAGGCGUUAAAGGGUAUCGGAGCUCCUACCAACCUGUACCACUACAAUUGGGUGAAUGUUGGAGGGGGUGAUUGGUACUCUGACCCCGCCGGCUUUCUCGAUGGUACUCUAGACCUAGAUGAAGUUGAAGUAAAAGCAGUUGCGGCCACUGGGGCAAACUUUGCGAGCUCCUUUUCUCUGAACCCAGGCGUCAUCAUUGCCGACCACAACGUCGGGGUAAGACAUGCCGCGGGACAAUCAUCUCCAAUAGACAAGGAGACAACAGCUCUCACCCAUAUACAACAGUGGAGCGAUGCUGCUUGGAUGCAGUGGGACAGAGUCUGCUCUGAAUCGGGCGGAGAUGUCGAAGAUCUAAAGUACAUCAUCCGUGCCCAGAUUGUGAACCACGCCACUCUCAAGAUCGUAUUCCAGGCCAUUCUCAACAAAUAUGAGAGAGACCACAAGAAGAAGUCCUUGGGCCCGUGGAAGAAAAGAAUAGCCAUCACCCAUCAAAAAGAUCCAAAGGAACUUUACGCCAUCCUGGGUAGCCCCAACGGCUCAGGAGCAGCCUUCAUGCUGAUUAACCACAAAAACAGACUUGGAGGGGCAAGAGUCAUUAAUAAAGUCGAUGUAUUUGUUCCUGAAGGGAAUUUUGAGGUUAAGGGUACUGAGGUCGGCCGUGAACAAGAGGAAUGGCAUGUUAUGCUUCUGUUUCAUAUCGUUGACGCUUCUCGAGCUUGA